UGCUCUUACUUUUCUCUUCUAAUUGCAAGUUUGUCUUCGUGUCUCAUACUAUGUUGGGUGGGCAUAUCUGUCUUUCGGCAAUGGAAGGGGACGACGAAAGGACCUUGUCCUGCUUUUUCUUCUGCAAUUUCAGGUUGUUCUUGGUGUUUGGCACUAUGUCGGCUGGGCAUAUGUAUCUUUGCGGAGUUGAAGACGUCGUGGUGGGGUUUAGAAAGACAAACAACAAAGCUGAUCUGUACUAUUCGGAAAGCCUCCAUCCAAAUCAAGGUUCACUGUGAGUCGGUGAUCAAGAACAAGAACAGUGACAACUCGGGUUUUCUAUCAAGGGAAAAUGAAAGCACAGAAGUGACUGAGAAAAUUAUUCACUUACUUGAUCAAACUGUCUGAGAAGUCUCCUGAUCCAUUUCAAACCAGCCAGCAAAAUUUUUUUAAGGAAUGCUUCCAAAUUACAAUGGCGUGAUCAUGCCCUCUUGCAAAAUUGGAGUUGUCCCAGAUUGGAGAAAUAAGGCUUUGGUUAAGAGGUAUGGGACUCCUAUUUGCAAUUGGUUUUAAUAGGAACAAACUUUCACCAAAACGACCAAGAGAAAUAAUACAGUACAUGGGUCAUGGGACAACACUCUUGGAUCUGCAUGUAGGGUUUACUCCACCUAUUAUGAAGUGGUCUUGGUUGGAUGCUCAAAACUCUAUCAGGUGUCAAGAAACCUCAUUUAUGUUCGAGGACAUGGCGAAAGAUGGAUAUGAAGACAUAAUGAACAUAGACAUCUCAUCAGUGGCUAUCAACCUCAUGAAGACCAGAAACAAGCACAUAUAUCCCUCAGUUGAAAUGUAACCAAACUCCUCGUUGGAAUCUCUACCCACUACACUUAUAUGUUGUAUUGUCUAUAGUAACUUGGCAUUUUUUUUUUUGUUGUUGUUGUUUUUGAUUCCUUAAUAGACAAGCAAAUGGAUGUGAGGGAUAUGAGCUUCUUGCCAGAUGAAUCCUUUGACGGUAUUAUUGAUAAAGGUUGCUCUGCUUAUUCAGUCAAGUCAUUUACAAAUAGAAGAUUUACUGGUUCAACUAUGAGACACCAAUAUCGAAAUAAGACCUUAGUAAAUAAAGCUACCAAAUGGAAUGUUUCCAAAAAAUUUCAGAAGUCAUUAACCUCCAAUGAUCCCUCAGCUAUGAUCCUAAAUGAUUCUAAUACUAUUAAAUCCUCAGAUGUGGUUAGUAAUAGAAAAAUAGACGGCAAUGUGAAGAGAAGUUCAAGAAAGAAGAGUAGAAAGAAGGGAAAGCAGAGCAAGAAAGUUUCAUGCAGUGUUGGCUCUACUGACCACGAAGUGAUUUCUGAGGAAUAUGGCAAUGUAAGCUCAGCUUCUGAAACCUGUGGUAACAAGGACGGGGAUGGACCAGCACCAUCUUCAACUGCACCAGAAAUUUCAUUGCUAGAUUCUAAGAAUUUCAGUGAUGAGGUAGGCACUGUGAGUAAUUUUGAAAAUCAUAUUGUACUGGAAGACUCUGCGUUUCCCAUCUUAGAUGGGGUGGAGGCUAUUCAGCAUACAAAGGCAAGCUGUUACAAUGAUCUCUAUACCAAAGGUUACUCUGAGAUGCAUGACUCCUACCUUUUGGAUUCAAUUUCAAUUGGCUCAAACAGUGAUGGUAGUACUAAUCUUGGUCAUGACGAAAAACAUGCUGAGAAGGAAAUGUACAACACAGAUAUAUCUGACCCAGCAGAUUUGAGUUCUAGAAAGGGAUAUUUUACUCGUCAAAGGUCACUGAAUGAUGUUGUAAACACCUAUAAUCACACUGAGGACGCAGGGCAGGGUACUCAUGAUUUUGGCAGUAGUAGUGACAUGAAAUUUGUUGUGCCUAACAAGAGAAGUAGACAAAACAAAGUAGGACAACGGAGUGCAAAUGUUCCCAAAUCUGGUAGUGUUGGGAAUAUGCGUACAGGGGUCUGGCAAAAGGUCCUGAAGAAUGAUGCCAAUGAUUGCACUGGUGAAUUGAAGAAAGCAAGUUCUGUUUACUCAAGGCUUGAUCUCCCUUUGAGAGAGGCUCCCAUGCUCAAUAAAACCUGUAAUGCUGUUGAUAUUAAUGUCUUUUAGAAGAGUGAAAAUAGGAAACAGCAAAAAGAUAAGGUCUCAAAAAAGUUGAAAAGAAAAAAUGCUCCAGCAUUGAAACGAGAAUACAAUUGUUAUUCCAGGAAGGGAUCUCAUGCUAGCUUGGCUGGCUCGGAUGGUUCUUUGAAGCUUCGGAUGGAUCAGAGUGAUAUAUCAGAUAUCUUGUCUCAGGCGAAGGACAAGAAACCUAGUCGUCCAACGGAUGGAUUCCAGAGCAGCAAAGUAGAAUGCAUGAACUCCGUAUCAGUUCAAAGCAUGCAACUCUGUCCAAAUGAGAUUGGUCAUCUUGAAAAUGUGUGUAAAACCGUCUCAGGCAUGAAGAAUCAAAAUGUAGGAAAUCAGGAUGGCUCAAUGCAAAAAACAUGCAAUUCCUGGAAGGAACCAAGUCUGCUUCUGGUGCAAUCUUCAGUCUACCUUCCUCAUCUACUUUAUGAUGCAGCAAGUCAAGAAGUACAGAGACAAAUCCCUCUUGCAGAAAGCAGCAAGCAAAACCGGAGUAGUUCUGGAUCUCUUACACACAAGUGGAUGCCAAUCGGGUUGAAGGACUCUGAGUUGGCAAGCUCUGCUAGAUCUGAGAGUUCAUCGCUUGAACAUUCUGAUGAGGGAGCUUCUAAGAGAUGGACGAUUAAAGACACUGUUAAAGGCAAUGUGGUUUCUAAAGCUGCAGUUGAGUCCAUGGCUCAGGGUUCUGGACAUGUAACUCGUUCUUCUGAUGACACAGAGGGCAGGCUUCCUACAUCAAAUGCAAUUGAAGAGGUGGCCAACAACAAGCUUCAUGCAGCUAACUAUGUGAAUAGUUAUGAUGUAUCCAAAGGUCUAAAUGCUUUUGAAGCUUAUUCAAACAGAGUAUUAGAAGCAGUAAAUAAUGCUUGUAGGGCACAGCUGGCAUCUGAAGCUGUUCAAAUGACCACUGGUCAUCCAAUUGCCGAAUUUGAAAGACUUCUGUAUUAUUCAUCUCCCGUUAUCCAUCAAUCACCUAGCCACACAAGUUGUCACACUUGCUGUUCAUGGAACCAGGUUGACCAGGUUGGUGGUGUGUCAUUGUGCAGACAUGAGACACCAAAUAUCACUUUAGGAUGCCUAUGGGAGUGGUAUAUAUGAGAAAUAUGGGAGCUAUCGGCUGGAAAUAAGGGCUGAGGAACCUGGGAGUCCAAAGAGAUUGGGUGCUGAUCGUUUAGCAUUUCGUGCUUAUUUUGUCCCUUAUUUGUCAGGAAUUCAGCUUUUCAGGAAUGGUAGGAGUACUGGUACUGGAGAUAUUGACAAUAGACUUCACAAUCAUCAAGUGUUAAGCGCAUGCUGGAGUGGUCAUGAGAUAUCCAGAAAAUCCUCUAGUAUUGGUAGUCUUCCAAUAUAUUCACUACUUUUUUCUCUUCUUGAUUGCAAGGAAGAUGCAGUCAUCCCACCACUUGUAAACGAACUGGGUAUUCCAGAAGCUUUUGCCAAAGAUGCACCUGUUCAAUCAGCUGACACAACAGGUUUCAGUGAUUUAGAGCUACUUUUAGAAUAUUUUGAAUAUGAACAACCUCAACAAAGACGACCUCUAUAUGACAAGAUAAAGGAGCUGGUUAGAGGUGAUGGACAUUCACAUUCAAAAGUGUAUGGCGAUCCAACUACACUAGACUCUAUAAAUCUAAAUGAUCUACAUCCCAGAUCUUGGUAUUCAGUGGCAUGGUAUCCUAUUUACAGGAUACCUGAUGGUAACUUCCGUGCAGCAUUUUUGACCUACCAUUCACUUGGUUGUCUGGUUCGUAGAAAUGCCAACUUUGAGUCUCGUAGUGUGGAUGACUGUAUUGUAUCUCCAGUUGUGGGUCUUCAGAGUUACAACGCUCAGAGUGAAUGCUGGUUCCGGUUAAGGCCCUCAGCACCAGCACAGACAACAUUAUCAAACUUAAACCCUUGUGAAAUACUGGAGGAGCGUUUGAGGACACUUGAGGAGACGGCAUCUCUUAUGUCAAGAGCUGUUGUGAGCAAAGGAAGUAUGACAUCUGUAAACAGGCAUCCAGACUACGAGUUCUUCCUCUCUAGGCGGCGCUAGCGGCGACGUAUUGAAAUUUUCUGUAACUGAUUUUAACAACUCAUAAUUAAACUAGUGUCAGUUCCCCAUUAAGCUUAUCUACAUUCAAGGUAACAUCUAACCUCAGGUAGGCAGAAGGGUGACCAACCUUUUUCUUUGUUUUUUUUGUUACACAUACAUGUAUAGAUAGCCUUUGAAUUCCUUCCAGGAUGCAUGUGAGUGCCUCAGAAUAUAAUGCAACUCUUACAGGGAUUUGGAAAGGUACUGUACGUAGUGUUACUGAAGAAAGGUAGUGUAGUGUUAUCAGUUUAGCUGCCUCCCUGAUAAUGUUGUAAAUAUCUUACAGAAUACAUGAUCUGUAAAUAGCGUUCUCAGUUUGGAGUUUUUA